UUAUUUGGGAAAGUCAAUUGCGCUUGCGCGCACUUCGGUCAUGAUAUCAUGCCAUGACUGUUUUUCUAUGAGAAAUAAAUUUCUGUAGUACUUGGGUUACGGCGUCAAAUCGAUUAAUCGCCCACUUUUCUCUCCCUCGCAAAUUGUGCGAAUAUUAUUUCUAUAGCAUUCUUAUUUCGGUAUAGCAUUGCAAUAGCAUUAGAUAGAAUAUUCUGUAGGAAUUCUAUAGUAUUGUAACAUAUUUAAUAUGGCCUAGUUAAUAUUUGAUGUUAAUAUUAUGGGUUAGUACAUUUAUGAGAAAUUUUAAGAAAAAUUGUGUAAUUUUCAUAAAUUGAGGUAAAUUGUUUAAAUUAGAUAAUUUUCCCCGUAAUAUUCUAAAAUAUUCCACAUAUUCUUACGAAGAACAUGACGCAAAUUUUUGUCGACACAUCAUUCUCAAAUGCAGUGGAAUGCAGUUCGAAGAAGAAUGACUUCUAUAGUUGAACAUUUUCGACUCCAUCGAACGUUGCUAUUGGCCAUUGGCUUAUGGCCCUACAAUCAAUCAAAAUUUAUUGAAUUACAAUUCUCACUGUUCUUUGCUGUUCCAAACAGUUUUGUUAUAUUUCAGCUUAUAUCGUUUAUAACUUCUGGCUAUACUCUUGAUCUUGUUAUUAAAAUUCUGUCUACAAUAUUCUUUUUUCUUUUUUGCGAAGUUCAUCAUAUAUCGUUUUGGAUUAAUGCAUAUACUGUGAAGUGUUUCGUGGAGCGUCUUCAGUAUAUCUCUUGUGAAUUAAAAGAUGAAAACGAGAUCGCUAUAAUAAAAAAAUAUGGAAACAGAGGAGAAUACAUUACAAUUAUAAUUACAUUGUUUGCAGUGUGCUGCGUAAUUAUUAUGACUCUUUUGCCAUUUUUGCCGUGGAUUCUUGGCACCUUUCUACUCGGAAAUGAAUCUCGACCACUUCACAAUACGCUAAUUGUAACUGAAUAUUUUGUUAACAAAGAAAAAAAUUUUUAUUUAAUUAUUCUGCACACAUACGCAUCUAUUUACAUAGGAGUGACUGCGUUGGUGGGAGGAGGAAUGAUGCUAAUAGCAUACCUAAAACACAUUUGCGGACUAUUUAGCAUUGCAAGUUACCGUAUGGAACAAACUAUAAUGUUAAAUGUUCACGAAGAAGCUAAUCGAAGGAACGAGAUGGAGAUGAACAAGAAGUUACGACAUGCAGUGGAUGUUCAUCGUACAGCUAUUGAGUUGUCUGAAUUCUUUACAUCUAGUUUCAAUGGAACAUAUUUUUGUCUAAUAGUCGUAGGCAUUAGUUGUUUUGUCCUUAAUCUCUAUCAAGUAUUUCGAUCUGCAGUGCUUCUAGGUAACAUAGGAGAGAUUUUAUUACACCUUAUCUUCGCAGUAUCAAUGCUUCUAUAUGGUUCAUUGGCCAAUUAUAUCGGUGAAGAAAUUAUAGAACACUAUAACGACAUGUUUUCUAUGGCAUACAACAUUGAAUGGUAUACGGCUCCUAUAUGCAUACAAAGAUUGAUAUUAUUUCUGUUACAAAGAAGUUGUAAAGCUUAUGGCCUCAAAAUAGCUGGACUUUUUAUAGCAUCUCUAGAGUGCUUUGCCUCGUUAUUUGCUGCAGCGAUAUCUUAUUUUACUGUUAUAUAUUCUACACAGAAGUGAUACGACUAUCAAUUAUCUACAGUAUAGUGAAGAGAAAUGAAGAAGUUUACAGAUAAGUGAUAGAAACCGUUUCCAAAUAAUUUGUUGCGUAAAUUGAUUAGUGAUUUAAAAUUAUCACUUUCUUAAUAAUAUCUUUUAAUAUAAUAAUAGAGUUGAUAUAAAAUAAAAAACAAGUAGGAUGACGUUUGGGCACCUAAAAAGUUAUGUAUUAGCUUAAUAAAUUCUAAAGAAUAUGCUCGUGCACGCAUACGUGGUUGUGUUCGCGCGUGUACGUGUAUAUUACGUGUUUCUAUAUUUUUAACACUUUAAGUUUUCAAUUUAUAGAUAUUUAAUAUCUUACAAAUUGAGGUCUGGUCGCAGAUUUAUUUAAUUCAGAAGGAUUACUUCUAUGAUCAGUACUCACUUCGCGUGGACAGUCGAAAACACAUACGAAUCUAUUAAACUUCUUCUUUUCUAACUUUUUAAUAAACAAUGAUCGUCGGUAAAACAUUCCGAUAGGUCACUCAAGAGGAUGACCUCUAUAGUACAUGUCAAGAUCAAGAUCAUCGACACUGUGUCUUCUAAUCUAAAUAAUUACCGCGGAAUCUAGUAAAAAUUUAUAGUCGUUAUAGAAUUAGCAUUCUCACGAAUGUUAUUAAUUAAAUAGGUCAUCAUUAGGAUAUGAUUAGAAAAUUGUAACUAUAUGAUAUCCUAUUUUAACAAUAUGAUAUCAGAAAAUGCAACAGUUAAAUAUAUGUAUGUAAAAACAUUAAUGUUUUCUGAUAAAUCAGAAUUCUUGAAUGCAAUUGUAUAUAAUUGUAUAUAAUAUGACAAAAAUAUAAAUAAAAAUUGCGAACA